CUCGUGUUGUGUUGUGUGGGUGGAAUACUCUGGCGCAAUCCAUGUGGCCGUGAUUUUGGACAGUAUCUGUCUUUGAGCAAUGCAUCCAGCAAAGUUUCACCAGGCAGCGUCUCACUGAACCUGAGGAUGGUCAACCUUAGGGACAAAAUGAGCGCAUCCCAGGCCAUUCGAGCCUGACCGCCCACCCGCAACUUAAAAGACUGCUUGACGUGCGAAAGUCCAGACUAAACAUUGCGUCUGUCUUCACCUCACCCCAUCAUGGAUGACAGCUUCCUCUCAAGGCACCCAAGCCCUGAGCACUACAGCAAAGCUGCCAAUAUGGAUUCCGGUCCAGUCGAGACGGCUCAAGACCGCCGUGGAUCCACGCGAUCACUGCCGACUCCAGUCUCUCCGAUCGAUACUCACAGGGAGGGUUCUCCUGCCGCGACAACGAGCUCCGAGGCGCCAGUGUCAGCAAUAGUGACGACUGCCCCAAUCGAGAAGAAGAAUGGCGACUGCAUCAGUGGCAACCAGCAAAUCAGCCUCCUCAGUCCUGCUCCGGGCCCCGGACAAUGCGCGAGUAGGUACGAGCUUGAAGCCACUGUUGUGUCCAAGACGGUCGCCGCGAACGGGUACUUUACAACAUACCACCAUGGUAGUGCUUCUCAAGGCUCUACUGCGAGACCGUAUGAUUUCCGUGACGGCCGAUUCAACGGCGCUUACCGUCGCGGAACAUAUGCUUCGCGGCCGCUCAUAUUUGCAACGACCACCCCAGUAACAGCCAUUCGCCAUUCAAACACCUCGGACGCAAACAAGAGACGAAGCACCAGCGAGGGAAGUGAGAGUGACCCGUUCUUGGGCGAGGGAAGACCCAUGGACCCCGUUGCCUCCAGCCCCGGCCCCAUGACGGGUGCCACGACGAUCGAAACACCCAGUCCCAACAUCGCACGUCUUCGGAGCAGCCAAAAUGAAGGAACACCGGGCCUGUUAAACCUGCACGACACACAAGGCGAGAUAAUGCUGCUCCUCAAGGAGCUGGAGGAUGCGCACAGGGCUCACACGAACAACGAGGUCGAGGCCGCCCUGGAGAGGUGCCAGGUCGACCUCAGGGCGCGAUCCAAGGACAAGGCGAUCGGCACGGCGGAGGGCAACAUCCUCGACCGCGAGGCAGCACGGAUAGGACGUGUCGGGUGCACGCCGACCAAGCCAGGCCGGGAGACCAGGGACGCAACACUGCUACGGGAGCUGCGCCACCAGCUGACCAGACUCGUCCUGGACGCGCGCGCCGCGAUUGACACCGCUGUCCAGGCCAAGAGCCAGGCUGGGUCUUCGUCUUGUUCACGGGAGACAAAGGGGUAUAUCCCUUACCGUGUCGGUGACGAUGCCCGGGUGGCGUCGCUGACCUCGGAGAAUGUGGAGCUGAGGUCCGAGAUCCAAGAACUGAAGAAGCAGGUGGACCAGCUGCAGGCCGAGAAGGAACUGGCGCGCAAGGAGCAGUCGGACCUGUUCAGCAAGGUCGACGUGCUCACGGAGGAGGUCAAGGGAUAUCGCCGGGACAAGCCUUGGGAGAAAGAUUGGAAUGUUGGUCACAGGAAGAGUGGAUGAGGAGUGUGCGAGAAUACGACUGGAGUUAUCAUGAUAUGAGUACAAGGAAAUCCGCAGGAUCAGAAUGGAGCAGUCCCCUGGUGGACUGUGAUGGCGAGCUGCUGCAGCGUCAGUAUCCGGAUGUUGACUAUGGGAGAGCGACGACGCUGAAGUCAGUCCCUAGGAUAGCCAGCUCGAUUGUUUGGUAUUGUUUGAUGGAGAGAUAUUGCUGCCGGAACAUGAGCAUAAU